CAGCACAAGAUGGUGGAUUUCCUUGCAGAAAACAACGCUUGCGGGCAAACUGUUUUAAAGCUCGUUAGCCGUGGAAAUGCCAUCGUUGCCGAGCUUUUGCGCCUCUCUGACUUUAUACCUCCUGUAUUUAAACAAGAAACCAAAGAGGAUCGCGACAAAUAUGGCGAGAUCUUAGCAGACUUCUCCUAUUUCAAGGGACCUGAUUACUAUGAGGAUAGAAUUGAUUCCAAGCCGGUAAGCUGAGAAAACAGCUGACUUUCGCUUCCGCAGUUGUUGGUUGGGAUUUUUUUGUGUGUCCUUUACAUUAUGUUAUCUUCUCUGAGUUAUUUGCUCUGUAGAUAGAAAGAGAGCACUCUGUAUAUUUUACAUGAUCUUACCCACCCCCUCUACAGGUUAGUACUUCGAAACCGGAAAUAUAUCGAAACGAAAGAAAAGUACACAUAUAAAUAUUUGUGUAUGGGAGAUAAGAGCUAGGAUACAUGAUUGCGUAGUUUUUUUAAUCCAAAGGUCAUGUUCAUCAAAAAAAUUCUUGUGAAAGAUUGAUAUGAAUUGUGAUUUCACUUGUAACUGUACAAACACUUGUUCCCCUCCCCCUUCCAUCCUUCCCCCCCCCCUCCCCCCCCUUCCAUCCCCUCCCUUCUGUCCCAUCACAGCACCAUCCUGUAUGGAUGCAAACAAAAGUUCAAGUGAGACAGAUUAACUAGGGGCUGAGGCCUGUUUAAUAGUCAUGAGCAUGUUUGAUGGCUUGUUUGGUUUUUAAAUUUCACUAGUAAGCAAUUUGGCGAGAAAGAUUUUGCCUAAAGAUUGUUUGCUUAACUUUGAUUGAUUCUUUUUUUUUUUUUUUUGCAUGAAGAUUGUUGUAAAAUCAAGAUUUGGUAGUCACAGGAUUGGAAAUAUUGACCCUUUUUUUUCAACUGAUUGCUGCUGAAAAAAAUAUGUUGCACUUAUGUCAACAUAUGGAACUAUUUACCCUCUAGAUCAUGUGUAAUUUCUAGAUGUAAGAGCUCACAUGUCUCUCUUAUAUGUAGGACCUUCAAGAUCUUGAUGAAGAAUUCAGAGAAAAUCACAUUGAAAUCUUGACCAGAUUCUAUAAAGCCUUUGAAAGUGUCCACAAGUAUAUCACUGAUCUCAACAGGUAAGGCUGCUUAUAGAUCACACAAAUAAAAACCAAUCUGAGAAAACAAUACUUGUUUAUUUUCCCCCCUGAACAUGUAUGAUCUGAAAUUUCUGAAACUGUUUUGGCUUUAAUAUUUGUACGUGGUAUAAUAACAUACAAAAAGAUUCUAUGUUUCUGUGUUUCUGUGCAUCUGUUUAGAUCAGAGAUGACAGCAAAACUUUUUAAGAAUGAAAAAGGUGGCACACGAGAGACAGCUGCGUGUCUCACUGAUGUUCUUAUCACAUUUUGAGGUCUUUUGCAAUCUAUUACUUUACUGACCCACAGAAUCAUAGAAUCUUUUUGUUUUCCAUGGUUAUGUUAACUGUGAUAUUAUCGAAGCAUCUGUCCUCCAAUAGAUCAUAAGUAAGAAACAAUCAAAUUGUGUGUAAGAUUCAGCUUAUCAUGUAAAUACAAUUAUAUCUUAGAACUUCUUUAUGUAAUACUGUGUGAUACCAUUUAACUCUAUGUAAAAAUGUAUAAAACAUCUGAAACAGAGAAAAAUAGAAAUGAAACUUGUAGUUAAAACUCACUUUAAAACAGAAUCAUACAGUAAUAUUAUUGCUUAUAAAAGAAUUUAUUAGUAAAUCACAUGUUAUUGUGAUAGGGGUAUCAACAUUAUUUUCUGUUAUGACACAGUUUGGAUGAGUAGGGAUAUAAUAAUUAUUUUGAUCAGUGUGAUUGCAUGCUUUUUUGUUGUUGUUUUUUGUCAUUUUGUUUUUUCUUUUAUUGAAUGGUAUUAAUAUUACUUACAAUACUCACAGUACUAUCAUUUGUGAUUGUUUUUAUCUCCAGAUAUCUUGAAGAUCUCGAUGAAGGAAUAUUCAUACAACAAACACUAGAGAGUAUACUUCUUAUUGAGGAUGGUAAACAGCUCAUGGUGAGAAUUUUAUUUCUAAAAUACAUUGUCAUUUCUUUCUUUAUUGAUUAAUAAUGAAAUUACCCUAGGUGUUAACCUCUUCUGUUGCAGUUAAAUAGGAUGAUAGAUGAUUUGAUGACGAUGGAUGAUUUGUAUAAACACCCCACUGAGAGAAAGUAAUUUCUAGAGAUAUCAAAUUAGAAGCAAUGCAUGGAAGUAUUGUAAGACUAGUGUUCAGUCGCUCAAUCUUAAGCUGAAAGUGUAUUGGUGUGCUUUUGAUCUUGAGGCCAUGGGUGUACUGCAGCACCAUGCCUUGAGACUGGGCCUAAUUUUCACACAGCCUUCUGUUCUGUUUUGUCAAGUGGUGCUUCACUAUUCAUGAUAUUUUAUGAUAGCAUUAGCAAAAUUUUAUGUAGGAGAUGAUUUAAGGAUACUAAUGUACUUUUUAUUUGUGGCACAGUGUGAGAGUCUGUAUCUCUAUGGGAUUAUGCUGUUAGUAAUUGACAUGAAGUUUGAGGGAGAUGUGCGAGAGAGGAUGUUGGUGUCUUAUCACAGAUACUGGUAAGAUGGGUGUAGUCAUGUUAAGCCCUACCAUUAUCAACUAUGUUCUGUUCAAGAGGUACGGGUCGAGAACUACCAACUAAACUUCUUUUAUACAAUAAUGAGCCACAUUUUCAGGAGCAGGAAAAAUUUUAAUGCAACUCACAAAAACAGACCUCUUUCCGAAGAUGAAGUUUUGUGGCCAUGCUUUAAGUACUAGUACUAAACUGGUAUGUAGAAGAUACAGGUUCAAGCAAAAUUAUUUUUCCAGGCUUUACUUCCUGCAAUUAAUUAAGUUAAACUUACAUGAACAUCCCUGGUGAAAAUCUUUCAAGGAUCUUUAAGGAUCUUACAAGAUCUUCAUGAGGACCUUUGAGGAUCCUCUUGAGGAUCUUCAUGAGGAUCUUCAAAAUUCUUGUUAAGAUCUUCAAGGAUCCUUCAUUUUCUUGCCAAGAUCUUCAAGGAUCUUUGAUUUUCUUGCCAAGAUCUUCAAGGAUCUUUGAUUUUCUUGCCAAGAUCUUCAAGGAUCUUUGAUUUUCUUGCCAAGAUCUUUGAGGAUCUUUGACUUUCUUGACAAGAUCUUUAAGGAUCUUUCAUUUUCCUGUCAAGAUCCUUGAAGAUCUUGUCUGGAUCUUCAAAGAUCUUUACAUGAACUUUGAAGAUCCUUUAAAGAUCUUUGAAAAUUUUUUGAGGAUCUUCCAAAUUCUUGUUAAGAUCUUGGAGGAUCUCUCAUUUUCUUGCCAAGAUCUUCAAGGAUCUUUUUUAAAAUUUUGAAGAUCCUUAAAGAUCUUGGAAAGAAAAUAAAAGACCCUUAAAGAUCUUGGCAAUAAAUUGAAAGAUCUUUGAAGAUCUUGGCAUAAAAAAGAAAGAUCCUUGAAGAUUUUGACAGCCAAAUUAAAGAUCUUUGCUAGAGAUUUGAAGAUCCUUAAAGAUCUUGACAAGAAUGUCAGUGAACCUUGAAGAUCCUGGCAAGGAAAUGGAAGAUCGUUGAAGAUCUUAGCAAGAAUGUUAUAGAACCUUCAAAAUUUUGACAAGAAAAUAAGCAUACUUAAAUCCUCAUACUAAGUUAAAAAGAAAAAUUGAACCAAACAUAAAAAAAUGAAGAUAAAACUUUUUUUUAUUGCUAAAUGAGAAUAACCCAUUCUCUUCUAGUAGGACUACUUCUACACUAUUUCUGCUCAGACUUUAGGUUAGUACUAAGAUUUUCAUUUUCCAAAAAAUCUCGCAACAGUCCAGCUCAAAGAUAAGAAGACCAAAAUAUAUGUGUUAAACUUGUCUAGGACUAGACUAUGACCAGACUCAGACUACUCUUACAGAGGGGGUAAACAUGAAAUAAAGGCAAACAAGAGUACUUCAAUGACUAUAUUUCUGAACCAUAUUAACCUAUAUACCAAAGGAAAGCUUAGGAAUCACACAUACUGAAUAUAACUAAUAUGUUGCCCUAAACUAAUUUGUUAUUUGACAUCAGAUCAAUUUGUCCACCACAUGGUGUGAAAAACCUAGGUAUACUUGAGAAAAGAUAACUGCACAAAGAUUGCAUGAAAUCAAGUGUUUUUAGUGUCAAAACAAAGUACUAGGGUCGUUCUUUUGGAUGAGCUGAGGAACUUUUGGAGUCGUUUAUAUUAUGGGCACAGUGCCCGUUCAAAGUUCACCGAGAUUAUUAGGUGAGUUAUUCCACAAUAUCUCACUUAAAACUCAGCGUAUAGAGAAACUGUCACCUUAUCCAACUCAACUCAGUAAGAGGAUGCAGCCCUAAAAACUUCAGAUUAAUUGAACUAAUACAUCCUGAGGUACAAAAUAAGUGUUUUCGGGAAUUCAUAUGACAACCUCUAAAAGAGCUUUUUAAGUUGGUUACACAGAACCAAGUAAAUUCACACCUUCUUCAGAAACAUGUCCUUCAGUGAGCGUCGAGGAGAAUCUCUCUAGAUCGAUAAGCCUGUAUCCUUGUCCCUGUAACACAUCAUUUGCAUCCUCACUCUCCAAGAGCUCAGAGUAAGAAUCAUUAGGCGAGGAUGGCAUCUUCAUUUUCUAUCCAGAAGUACCAAUGAAUUCUUUUCAUUCAGCCCCAGAGUCAGAGCAAUCGCGAGACCUGCUUGGAGUUUGAUUGACGAUUUCGGUUGUUUCUGUCUCUCUUUUCGCUUGUUUCUGAACUCCAGAAAACGUCUUUCCUUUACUUUUAUUUCUGUGUACAUUUUCCCUUUAGUUCCGACCAUUGUCGAUGAUAUUUACCGUAACAACGAGCUUCUUAUGUUUUUAUGCGACCGUUUAAAAUCUCGGCGCGUAUAAAUUCCUAUCCCAUAAUGCAAAACCCUAUUUGUUGUCAUAUAAGUAGUCACAAAGUUUCCCGAAAGCCUCGAGCAUGGCGUUGCUAUGCGGUAACCUUCAUUACACUCAUUGCACAAUAAUUUUCUGCGAAAAUUCCUUGUUGUGUUUAAAUUAUAAAACAGUGAGCCCUCAAUUUACAAUUUUGCUAUGUUUGAAAUUACUUGAGGAUUUCAAAGGAACCUAAUUCAUAAUGCAGAGAUGUGGUAGAGAUCUUGACAAAGUUGCCUUUGAGAUCCACAUCAAAUUCAAAAAGGACCCUUACAAAGAGCUGUACAAAAUCCUGCAAUGAAUCUUUUAAAGAUAUUUGGAAGAUCCUUUUCAAUUCCUUGAGGAUCUUGAAGGAUUGUAGAACAGAUCAUGCAAAGAUCUUGACUAGGAUCCUUGUAACUCCUAAUCAAAUUCUUAAGGAUCUUAGCAAAGAUCUUAGCAGGAUCCCUAAAAGGUUCUUUUGAAGGUCUUUAAAAGAUCCUCAUUAAAUCCUUGAGGAUCCUGAAGGAUCCUUGAAAAGAUCCUGCAAAGAUCUUGACUUAAGGAUCCUUGUAAGAUCCUGAUCAAAUUCCUAAGGAUCCUGGCAAAGAUCUUUACAGGAUCCUUGAAAGGAUCUUUUGUAGGUCUUUAAAAGAUCCUCAUUAAAUCCUUGAGGAUCUUGAAGGAUCCUUGAAAAGAUCUUGCAAAGAUCUUGAGUAGGAUCCUUGUAAGAUCCUGAUCAAAUCCUUAAGGAUCCUUGCAAAGAUCUUAAUAGGAUCCUUGAAAGGAUCUUUGGAAGGUCUUUAAAAGAUCCUCAUUAAAUCGUUGAGGAUCUUGAAAGAUCCUCAAAAAGAUCCUGCAAAGAUCUUGACUAGGAUCCUUGCAAGAUCCUGAUUAAAUCCUUAAGGAUCCUUACAAAGAUCUUGAAAGGAUCCUUGAAAGGAUCUUUUGAGGGUCUUUGAAAGAUCCUUGCUAAAUCCUUGAGGAUCUUGAAGGAUCCUUGAAAAGAACUUUGCGAGGAUCCUUAUGAGGAUCUUUGUAAUAUCCUUUGAGGAUCUUUAUCAAAUCCUUGAGGAUCUUAACAAACGUUUUUGCUUACAAAGAUCUUUGAGGAUCUUUUACAGAUCCUUUAAAGAUCUUUUAAAGAUCCUUGUCCUUAAAGAUCUUUGGCAGGUCUUUGUCAAUCCUUGAAGAUCCUCAAAGAUCCUGUGAGGUUUUUCACCAGGGAUAUGUACCAGUCCUGUAUGAAGUAGCUCCAUGAGAGAUUUAAUGUUCAGCAUGAUGUGAAAUAACAUGUUGCCUCUUGUACUGAUUUCAUCAUUUCAGUGCGGCGAGAGCAGAUGUAGACUCAAAUCUUGAUGAUGUGUGUAAACUUCUUAGAAGUACUGGAUAUUCCAAUGUUCCAGGAGCAAAGAGACCUUUAAAAUAUCCAGAGGAUUAUUUUAGGUAAAUAUUGUAUCCUCUCAGCUUUCACAUCCUAAAUCUGUUUCAAGACUGUUUGCAUUUCUAAACCUAAUGCAAGUUAAUUCACAAGAUCCAAUGACAUAUAACACACAUUAAGAUCAAAAAUUUUUUUGCAACUCCUGAAAGUUUGAGGAAAUUGUCUUGGAACUUCAAAACAGUGCUCAAGGUUCAUUCAUUAAACAACUUCUGAAAGAUACCAAAAAAAUGUGUAAAACCAAAACAAUAAGGGUAAAAGCAAAUUAAACAAUAAAAAACCCAUUGAAAACAUGAUUCUUUUGUUUUUCUAUCGAUAAUCACAAGUUGUCAGGCCAUGGAACUACUGGUGCUGAACUUUGUUAAACAGUGUUUAAGGAAUUGGCCUAUGUGCAUGAUUUCAAUGUUUAGUCAUAAUGCAAGAAAUGAGCACAUAUUCAUGAGUGUCUAGUUGUCUCUUUCAAAGUUCUCAACUUUUGUACAUUCUUUCUUUUAAGGCGAAUCUCCCUCCCUGAUUCAUUUGUGGAUAUGCUCAUUGGCCGUUUGCGGUCUGACGAUGUCUACAAUCAGGUUUGUUUGAAGGUUAAGGGUGCCAUAUCAUCAAUUUUUUUUAAUAAAGACUUUAUUUACUCUUGAUUUAUACUUUUCUUUGUUUUUUAGAUCUCAGCUUACCCUCUGCCAGAACAUCGCAGUACAGCCCUUGCUACCCAGGCUUCCAUGUUGUAUGUCAUCUUGUUUUUUGCACCAGAUAUUCUGCAGAACCAGCAGGCUAAAAUGAGAGAGAUUGUGGACAAACACUUUCCUGAUAAUUGGGUAAGAUAAUUGCAGAUUAAUUGUAUGGUUGCUUGCAAUGCAAUAACAGUAAAUCAUUUAACCAUUUUUUGUGAAAUGGUAGUAAAACAGUCUUGUGCAGUUAGAAUCAACCAUUACACUGAUGUUGGCUCUCUCGCACAGAACUUCCAAUGCAUGUGUGGUUUCUUCCCUAAUCAUAACCAUUACAAUUUCCUCAAAUAUGAUUAGCUGCUUCAUUUUUCACUUACCAUUCUGUACAGUUGUAAUCAGAAAGUGUAAUCAGACAGUUGGCUGUAAUUGAACACCCAUAAUUGGAGUUAAAGCAACCGAUCAUACCUGGUUGACUCAGCUACUCACAGAAUUGAUCACAAUAACCACAGCCACAACCACUUAUCCUGAAACUUGGAAAAUUCCAAAAUGGAGGAGCUUCUUACACCUAAGAAAUUUUCUCUACUAGAGAUAUUAAUCCUAAAUGUAUUUGUUUUUUUGAAAAAUUAUUAACAGCUAUGAUUAAAUGGUAACAGGACUUCUUAUUGUCCAGUUCUGUCUGUAAUCAUACUUGUGAUUGACAAACAGGAGUCCCGCUUUGCGGUUGUCUGAUUUUGUUUAUCACUUAUAAUUAUUAUUACAGACUAAAGUGGAGUCCACUCAGUCCUACCACCAUUAUUAGUCCUACAUCCAUUCAUUUAUCUAUCCAUUCACCCACACACUGAUCUUUUGCUAUUGAGUUUUAUUUCUUUGAAAAAAGUCAAUAUUUAUUUAACAUGUAUGUUUUGUUUGUUUGUUUACCUUUUUUUAACAUUAUAGGUGAUCAGUAUAUACAUGGGAAUUGUUGUCAAUUUAGUAGAAGCUUGGGAUCCUUACAAAGCUGCCAAGACAGCUCUCAACAAUACUCUUGAUCCCAAUAAUGUCAAACCAUUGGUAAGAAAUUUUUUUUUUUGCAAUAUUUACAUUAUCUAUGUGUAUAUAGUUAAAUGGAAUUCAACAUAGUUAAAAAUUAGGAGCAAAUAUAGUCAGGAGGGUUUUCAGGCACUUGGUUUACUUCCUGCCUGGCUGUUAGCAUUCAUGCAGCAUUUGUUGCAUUCUGUAGCAUUUUGCUGCAGUACUGUGGUCAAUGGGCCCCUGGGGCUAUCCUUGUUCAGCAGUAUACCUUAUUAGUGCAUGUGUUGUUCUGCCAUGUGCUCACAUUGUGUUCACUGCACUAUAGUGUGGCAUUGUCAUCCUUGAAGAUAGCGGUUCUUGGCAUUUCCCUCCCCUCCCCCCCUCCCCAACCCUAAAUGCAGGGUUUUAUUGUGUGAGGUUUAUUUCUAUUUAUUUGUUUUAUUUAUUGAUUCGUUUAUUUAUGUAUGUUUUCCUCCACUGAACUAUCUGGCUCUAGUGUGAUGGGUGCACAUAGGGGGCUUGGGAUGGGGAGCACAUGGCUGGAUUGCAGUUUGGGCAGGCCACUCAGGUGUUCUAGUGCCUUGGGGUGUGACUUUGGUUGGAGUACCUGGGCCCUUCGCGCACUUAGCCUCCAUUUGAGACAAGGUUAAAAGUGCCGAUUUCCUUCCAAUUAACUCUCUUAACCAUUUACACCCUAACAUCAGUUCGCAUAUUCUCCAUACUGUUCUUUAUAUGUUUCCUAAGGUGCUGGCAAGGAAAAUGAGCUUAACGAUUCAGAGCUUCAGUAGUUGUUGAUCUUUAGUUGUUGAUCAUUUUUCUGUUGACCUUAGUUUGUGAUUCAGCCUGAUGGGUGAUAUUGAAAGGAGAAAUUAGGUGCUAGUCACUCUUAGGGGCUUAAGGGGCUUAUAAUGUUGAAGUGAAGUACAUGUGUGUUUACUGUCAACUUUCUUUACAGGCAACCAGAUACAAUACAAAAGUUAGAACCCUGAAUGGGGAGGUAAAUAUUUGUUCAGUGGCUUGUUGUUAGUUUACACUACAAAUGGAAGAAAUUUAAACACAGCCUGAACCUCAACCUGGAUAUUCAUAUCAAGUUUUAUUAUUGAUAGCCAAAAUUAUCUACUCAAAGAGACUGUAAACAGGAUUGAGAGCCAUUUUUUUUUGUUUUCUGUCAUCAUUAUUGUUUUUUUCACCUGGUUGUUUUUAGGGUAUGCGUGGGAUUGAAAUGAUUUGGUGUGGAGGAUAUAACUGAACUUUCCAGUAGUUGACACUCAAUUAGACAACAAUUCUUCAGCAUCAGUUCUAAUAAAAAUGAGUACAUCCAUAACUUAUAUAUGAGUACUUGUACAAGUAAAAAUGCUCAGUCCGUGCUUAAGUGAUUUUCUCCAUUUUUUCUUGCAAAGCUGAUUUAAAUUUGUUUUUUUUUAUCCUCAAUGGUAGGUGUUGAAUUAUCUGAAAGAAGGAUUUCUUGUUGAAGAAUAUGCAUUGGAUCACAUCCCAAAACUCAUGAACUGCAUCAGAGACUGUAAUGUGACUCUGAGGUGGCUCAUGCUUCAUAACUGUGAAGGUGAGUGUUGUGAUAAACUUCUAAGAAACAAGUUGUGAACAUGGCACUUUCCAUGUUACAAGAGUGCUUACCACCCCCUUGUCCUCUCUCACUCAUUGUAUCAAAACUAAGCAAGAAAGCUGGAACUUGUUUAGCUAAAAACCAUGGUUUGCCCUUCACUUGAUAUGACUACAGAUUACCAUGUUCUUAUAAAACCUGAGUGCAGGACAUGAUUCAAGGGCACAGUGUUUGAUUAUGUAAUACCCUCCAAUCAAAGGCCAACUGCCAUAACAAAAGCUAGUCUUACAUUUCUUUUGGGAGUUUUCCUCAAGGUUUUGUCAAGUUAUCUUCCCUGGCAGUCAGUCACUCAGGGAAAAAGAAUACCUUUGAUUAAUAUAUCACAUGUUUCCUUAACCCUUAAACUUCCAAGAUCUGAUCCCCUUUAGCUGCAUCUCAUCUCCUUAUAAAUAUGUUACUAGGCUUUGGUACGAUGGAGAUGGCAACUUCCAGCUGAUAAGUUUAAGCAUUCUCAUUAACUGUUUGAUGGAGUAUGUAUGGAUACCAUAGAGAGAAGUUACAUGUUAAUCAGGGUUAACAAGUCCCCUAAACUUGACUUUUAAGCUAGUUUCUAAAGAAAGAGACUUGAAAGUGACUUAAAACUUGUCACUUAACAAGUCAUCUACCCUGACCACUAUGGAUGACUUGACAAGCUUUUUUUUUUGGUUUAUGGCACUCAAAGGUAUCCACACAACUUUAAAAGGGAGCGAGUACAAGUUUUUCUAUGAAGCAGUAAGAAUCAAUUGAAAUUAACCAGUUGAAAUUAUUUGACAGUAUUUGAUGUGUACAAGAGAUGUCGUGCUCUUAGAGAGAUGGUAACUGCAUCAGGGUAUGACCCAAGAGCUGUCUUUGAGCUGCUGUUGAAUACUGCUCAGUUUGAACUAAAACUGAAAGAGGUUUGUAAUCACCAUCAUGAUUUAUAUUUUUAUGGUUUACCUUUUUACCUUUGUAUCUCAGAUGGUCAGAACUUUACUUUCUUAGUUUUAAAUACAGACACAGAAUGCAACCUUUAAUAAGGACAUUAAUUUUACAACCUUCAUUUUCAAAUGCUUGAUUUUCAAGUGUGUGUUUAUAUUAAUUAUCAUAAAAAUUAUUACAUUUCUAAUUAAAAAUCUUAUUUAUUGACCAUUAUUACAUUUAUAAUGUUGUGGUACAGAUUUAUUCCAUUAAUGAAAAUUUUCUAUAGCAUCUUAAUUUUUGUUUUUGGUUAAAUAAUGAUUAGAAGACAAAGAAGAAUGGAAAUUGAACUACUUUCAAAAAUAUGAAUGGUGAAACAUACUUUUAAUUAUUUAUAUUUAUUUUUAACAUUGCAUCAGAUGUUCAAGCAGAUGUUGGCACAGAAGCAGUCUCAAUGGGAAAAACACAAAACAGAAGGAGUUGAAAGGAUGGAUGAGCUCUCUGAAGUAUUUUCUGGGACCAAACCAUUGACAAGAAUUCAAAAGAAUGGUAAAGUAACAUGAACUUCAACUGUGAUUGACAUAAAACAGUCAUUAUCUCAGUAGACAUGAACUAUCAAACCUUUACACCCUAACAUCAGUAUGCAUAUUCUCCAUACUGUUCUCUACACAUUUCCUUAAGGUGCUGACAGGGAGAAUUUAUCAACAAUCAAUAGCUUCUUUAGUUGGUGAUCAUUUCUUUUAUUGCAUAAACAUAGUAUUUGAUUCAGGGGUGAUAUUGUAAGGAGAAUUUAGGUUGAUACUAGACACCCAUAGGUGUGAAAGGGUUAAGAUCUGUGAAUGGAAUACAUUCACCUGUGCAAUUUAUACUACCCACAGGGUUUUUUUUUUUAGCUUAAAUUGAAAAAAACUUGGAAAGUCAUGAUAUUAUACGUUAUCAUGUCCAAGGCUCAAACGUGUUGUAAAAUGAGUGUGGGUUGUGCAAAGUUAUAGAAGAUUACCAAAAAUGAUAAGUUUGAGAAAGGAAAAGGAAAAGGAAAAGUGUCUUUAUUACAAAUCUUUUUUGCAUUUUUUUUGAGGUAUUGUAUUAUUAGUACGUCAUUAAAAGUCAGAAAAUUUUGUGAGUUUGAAAGGGUACAAACUAUGACUUGUGUCUUUUUACCAAAAACUAAAACUUCACAGUUGUGUAACAUGUAGUAUGAAAUAGUCCAAAAUUCUCAAGUAACUACCAUUCAAACUUAAUUUCUGUCCAUUAGAAAACCUUCAAGCUUGGUUCAAGGAGAUGUCCAAUCAGAUUUCUUCAUUAAAUUAUGAAGACUCCACCUCAGCUGGACGUAAGAUGGUGCAGCUUAUCCAAGCAUUAGAAGAGGUUUGCUGUCAUUAAUGUAUAAGAAAUACUUAGACUAUUUUCCUGACAUACCUUAUUUAUUUGGUUUAGCACCCACCUCAAAUAAAUACCCACCCUGUAGAUAAAUAAGUGCCAGCCUGGAAUAGGCAAGUGAGUAAUCUUUAUUAUUCUUUUAGGUUCAAGAAUUUCAUCAACUGGAGAGCAACCUUCAAGUACGACAAUUUCUCCUGGAAACAAGGCAGUUCCUGCAUCAGAUGAUUAGGACAAUCAAUAUUAAAGAAGAGGUGUGUGCCUGGCUUCCAAGCUUCAUGUCAAGUAUAUCAGAUGAUGAUGAUUAAUUGUGUAAUCUCUCUCUGCUUUUGCAGGUUUUGAUCACCAUUCAGUUAGUAGCUGACUUAUCUUAUGCGUGGAAUAUUAUUGAUAGGUAAGACAAACAGACUUCUACUUUUUUGUGUGUGUCACUUAGUUGCUUAUAUUCCCUCUUCACUUUGAUUAAAUUCAAUUUUAUAUAAACUUACACAAAUACAGUGUUUUAGAGAAGGUUAUAAUUAUCACAGUAGUGUUACAAACAUCAAUGUAAAGAAUACAGUGCAAUAAGAAAACGAAAAAAGAAACCAAAAUAAUUUAAAACUCAUUGUUACCAAGGAUGUCUAAGAAAUAAAGAAGGAAAGGAAGAAAUUAAUAUUUAAAUACUAUGUUAAUUGCGUGGAGUUUGGGACAAAUAGCUCUAAGAACUAAUCGAGUGGGUGUCCCAAAGCACCAUUUUUCUUGAUGCAGAUUCAUUCAGUGCUAAAGCAAUUAAAUUUCAUUGCCCAUGUAGCACAUGAGCAUUUUUUAGUUUUUCAUUUUUUGUUUGUGUAUCAUUUUGUAGCUCUUUUUUUUUUUUUCAGCCGUUGUUCAAGGAUCUCAAUCAGACAAUUUAACCCCUUUAAGUCCCAAGAGUGACCUAGACUUAAUUUUGCCUUUCAAUAUCGAUACAAUAUCAUGCAGACAAUUGAUUAGAAUAAAGAAAAAUAUCAAUUUGGGGAUUGUAAGUUGAUUCCUAUCAAAUUAUCUGAACUUACAUCAUAGCCAUUGUGUGGCAGACAGUAAGGAGAAUUACUAAUGAGAUCUUAGGAGUGAAAGCAUUAAGAGACACUUUUAACAAUUUGAUUUCCUAAACAGAUUGUUAUUGAUGUUAUUGCAGUUACUCUGGAUUCAUGCAACAAGGAAUAAAGAGUAACCCUUCUUUGGUUCAGAAAUUAAGAGCAACAUUCCUCAAGGUAAAAUAACACUGUUCAUCUUUACACUCCAGCGACAAAAGGCUUAUCUCCUGACUAGUGCAAGAGUAGACUAACUUUUAGAAUCUUUUCACAGAUGGCCUCAGCUAUGGAUUUGCCUCUGGUGCGCAUUGGCCAGGCUAACAGUCCUGAUUUAGUGAGUGUGUCCCAGUACUACUCCGGUGAAUUGGUGGCUUAUGUGAGAAAGGUAAUUAUGCUGAUGUGCUCAUGAUAAAUUGUGGAUUAGUAAAAUGCAUAUGCUCUGUAGGAUCUCAGACAGUGCUCUCUCUUAGUGGAUUUAUCUCGUUUACAUUUUUCUUGCUUCUGCAAAAAAGGUUUUUAGUUACAUCUCAACUUGUGAGAUUGGAGUAACUUUCAGAUUUUUCCAAGUAUUCAUCACUUUUGGGCAUUAUGGUGAACAUUCCUCUUCUAUUUGCAAUUUUUUUUUCUGAGCUGAGUUGGCACAAAGUGAAACAACAUUAGAUGUGCACAUUUAAUGACCAAACUAUCAUAUCUCCAGGUUUUACAGAUUAUUCCAGAGACAAUGUUUGGUCUUCUUGCAAGAAUCAUUCAACUCCAGAUCAGCAGCGUGAAGGAGGUUGGUUUGUCAACGAUGCCCUUUUUUUUUUAAUUUUUUCAAGAGAGUAAAAAGACAUUAUUUAACCCUGUGGCUCAUAACAUAACUUCACGCUACCUUAAAAAAAAAAAAGGCGAAAAAAAAUCAUCAUCAUCUUCAUCAUACGCUAACAAUAUUUUUCUGACGUUGUGUCUUACAAGGUUCCAACCAGGUUGGAAAAGGAUAAAUUGAGAGAGUAUGCGCAAUUGGAUGAGAGAUACCAGGUAUGUUUCAGUGAUCAUAAAAGACUUAUAUCAGAAAGAACCAUUUAAUACAAAUAUAUUACCCAUUUAGCAAUGUCUCCCCUUCUUUCAGAGCAACAUCGUAAUUAAACCAAUGUGUGGUUUUUUUUAGAUAGCGAAGUUGACACAUGCUAUUUCCGUGUUCACGGAAGGGAUUUUGAUGAUGAAGACAACUUUGGUCGGAAUUAUUAAGGUAAGUACUGGUGGAUAGCAUUGCAGAGGACUUUUUAGUUGAGUUUUAAGAAACCAAAACCAGAGUAAUUGCGACGAAAUUCAGAAUAAAGGAAAAUAUUUUAAGAAGACAAUGAGAACUCCAAGUAAAAAACAAGCAAACUACUCGAAGCGCGGGAAAACGCGAGUGACCAGGUCACUGUUGAUUCUAGUUUUGAAAUUGAUUGGUUAAGAGAGUGGCACGCGCUGAUAUUAGGCCAAUCAGGAUUACUGCGACACUCAACUGAAAAUCAUUCUAUGAUUUAACCAAGUAGCAUAAUACUAUUUCGUAUGUAUAACCAUCACAAGUUCCCCAUCUAGCCAUUUUGAAACAAUUUCCUAAUUUUAUCUUCCCAACGUGCUAGACAGGGUUGGCCUUUAAUGAAGAGUGCCAUACCCCUCUUACAGAAGUUAAAGGCAACAUUUUCACUGUUUUCAGAUUGACCCAAAGCAGCUUCUAGAGGAUGGGAUUAGGAAAGAGUUGGUCAGACAGGUGGCGUCUGCUCUCCACAUUGUUCUCACGUUUAAUCCAAGGGCUAAGGUAAAUUACAGAAUGAUCCUAACCCUUUUGGCGUGAAGAGUGACUAACAUCUUAUUUCUCCCUACAGUUCCAGCCUGAACCACACAUUUAGUUCACGAGAAUAAAAGAAAUGAUCAGCAACUCAAGAAGCUCUUGAUUAUUAGACAAAGUCUCCUUGUCAGUAGCACAGUAAAUGUGAGGAGAACCGUAUGGGGAAUAUUUAUGCAUAUGUUAAUUUUAAGAGCGUGCUAAUGUUAGAGUGAAAUCAGAGUUCACUUUCGCAAGCGCGGGAAAACACCGGUGACAAAGUCGUGAUUGGUUUAAGUCUCGCAUCUGAUUGGUUUAGCAAUUGGUGCGCGACUGAGCGAAGUAGAGCAAAACUAAAGUAAUCCUGACUCAGUUUCGAUAUUCAAUAAUUAUCUGCUCUUAAGUUCAAGAUGAAAGGCAUUGUGUUAAUUCUGACAGCAAUCGGAACUUGGCUUGAGGCUAAGGGAACUUGGAGGAAGAAUGGACGGAUUCCGGCGUUCCUUUGAAUACAUUCAAGAUUACAUUAACAUUUAUGGUCUGAAAAUCUGGCAAGAGGAAGUUUCCAGAAUCAUCAACUACAACGUGGAACAGGAAUGCAAUAGCUUUCUCAGAGAAAAGGUUAGAGCUUGAAAUCUUAUGAAAAAAAAAAGUCUCAAUAGCAGUGGUAAAACGAAGGUAGUUCAGGAGAGAUGAGUUUUAGGGUUACAGAAGUUUAUUAUAGUAUCUGCUGUGAGCUAUAUUUCCAAAUAGUUCAGCUAGUUUGUGAGGAGAGAAUGAGUUAAUGAUUUUUGAUUUGCUAAAGUUCGCGAAACACCUUUUAGUCCAUGAUUCAAGCAGGUUAACUUUAACAAUCUUAUUAUCCUUGGUUUCCGAAAAUUGGAUGUGCCAGUAAGGUUUUCUACAGUAGAAAUGGUUCUUACUUAUGAAGAAAGAUUUGAGGCCAUGUUAAAGUGUUCUUGUUUCUUACUGGCUGCCAAGUGGAAUGAACUUUUCUCUGGAACCCCGGCCCCUUUGGCCACAUAAGAGUGACUAGCAUCUAAUUUCUCCUCACAAUAUCUUCCCUGAAUCACACAUCAAGGUCAUGAGAAUAAGGGAAAUGAUCACCAACCAAAGAAGCUCUGGAUUAUGAAACAAAUUUUCCUCAUCAGCACCUUAGGGAAUAUAUAGGGAACAGUAUGGAGAAUUUGCAUACUGAUGUUGGGGUUGUAAAGGAUACUCUGAGAUAGUAACUGUGCGGUCAUAAACCCAUCUAAAUGGUUAUUUGUCUGUUCGUCUCUUCAGGUCCACGACUGGCAGUCUGUUUAUCAAUCAACCACGAUUCCCAUACCGAAGUUUCCUCCUGUGGACGAGUCUGUCAAUUUCAUUGGACGACUGGCGAGGGAGAUACUCAGAAUAACAGACACUAAGUUAGUGAUCUGUUUAGUUGUGAUAUAUUUAUUUGAGAGAUGAAUGAUGCACGGUAAAGACUGAAGUAGAUUUAGGUAGCGGCGCAUGCACUUAGUGGUUUUCCGUUCGAGGUAACUUCGGUGAAAAUAGAUGGUCAGUGGUAGUGAGCAUGUGAAACACGAGUAUGCCAGUCAGAGAUGGGUCUGUACUCUGCAAAGGGGGGUAUUCGGUAUUAAGGACAAAAUAAGAUGCCAGUAACCCUAACUCGGGUAUAACAGGGUAAUUUAGUAUUAUGAACUGAGUUGAUAACGUAAAGUAGCCUCCGUAAAGAGUUUCAAAGCUGACGUUCUGACGAAGGGCUAACGCUCGAAAAGUCGGCUGUGAAAGUCUACUUUAUCAACUCAGUUGAUACCACUACAUUACCCUGAUAUACUCUUCCACCGAAGCAGCACCACAGUUUCUUUAGAAACUUACCACCCCCCCCCAACUUAUCAACAUAUCACAAGCGGGUUGAUCUACCUGCUAACCGGCUGCUAUGGAAACCCAAUUGCACAAGAAAAUGUGCAGCACUGAGUUAGAAGGGAAUUGCUAUUUCGAUCUUUAGUACUUAAGGAUACUUACUUUGUCAGGACUACGUGUUACAUCGACCAAAUGGGAGCCUGGUACGACAACAGAACCAAGCAAGAGGUUAUGAACUUACUGAUCCUAAAGCAACUUCAACAGGCGGUUGGCUCGUUUGGACUGACGGGAUUGGACAAACUACUGUCGUUUAUGAUAGUCAAGGAACUACAGGUUUGACAGUUGUAUGUUAUUUGAUUUUACUAAUGGUCGAGAACGUUAGGCAGGACAGUGAACCCCCCUACAAAAAAAUGUGCAUUAGCAAAAUAGAGACUUAAUAUGCAAGAGGUAAAACAGGCCAAGAUAUUUUCUUCGUGUACUAACCUUACAUAACAUGAAAGAAAAAAACCUCUUCGCGGUGGAGCUUCAUCUUUCGAGAACAUCGUUAAACGUAGCCUCGCCUUUAGGAAUAUUUAAACUGAUUUUUGCUGUUUCAUUACGAGCAAUGCUUUUUUUUUUUUUUUGGUAGAAAUUCCAAGCAUUGCUGAGAGGAGCGCUGAAAGACAAACUCGUGACAGACACUUUGCAGGGACUUUCCAAACAACUUACUCCCGUCAAAAGUCUCAUCGGUUUGUAUGUGUUGUGUUGUAACCUUAAUCUACCCCUUUGAAACCCCGCAUUUCUUUGUGAUUGUAAAGUGAUUAAGUUAAAAGACAUAUUCCACUACUUUUUCGGUCACGUGUUGCAACGUUUCCUUCAACUGGAAGGAGAUUACGUAACCAUUAGAUUAUGAGGUCUAUAUUUCUAUUGCGUAGCGUGGCGCGGCCCGAACCAACUAUCACGCGCAGAAAUCGAGAGGAAAUAAUCUAAUUGCUUUAGUAUAAAUCCGCUAGUCGUCCAAAACGUAACAACGAGACAGGCUCAUGUUUUUGCCAUAUUUCAUUUUGUUUACACACACUGUUAGGGGAUCAUUUACUAUCUUUUACGGAACAGAGAGCGAUUAGCGAAGCCAAUCAGAUUGCAGUGUUUGUGAUUGAAUGCUAGUAUAUACUAUAAAACAUGGAUAGGAUGCAAUGAUAAAUGAAGAAGGAACAAUGAUGUUCAAAGUUGGAGAGGCCAACGACAUGGAUUCCAGAAACGACCGUAAAAACAUUUAGGCUUAAAUUUUCAAGAUGCAGCCAAACUGACGUAGCUUCGGUGGCAUGCAGGAGUAGGAGUAUUUAUUUAUUUAUUUUUAUUUAAUUAUUUAUUUAUUUAUUUCACAUUCUUUCCCCACAGCAUCACCAUACAGAGUAUAUCCUCCAGUUACUCAAAAGUUGGCUCGUCUGUGGACUCAGUAUAGUGAAGCAAUCAUGAAGGUAAACCGAUUCUUUCGAUAUUUCAGUCAAUUUAUUACAAUACAGGGCGUGAAAUUGCGCCUAAUACAGGCGCCAAUGCGACUAAAUUUUUCACUUUGGCGACCAAAUCCUGAAAGUUAGUCGCCAAAUUGGCGACUAGAACGUUUCAUUAUAACCUUACCAAGAGAUAUAGAGAAUUCAAAAAAUUUGCAAAGAUAACUCCGCGGCAAAUUUCCUCGUUAAGUUUGUUUCCAAAACGUAGCACAUGCAUCUCGAUCGAUAACUAGACGCCAUCUUGGAUUUAGAUGAGCCUGAACGUUGUAUAUCAUCCAUCCUAGUGUCCACUUUGUAGCACGUUAAAGAUCUUUUCCCUAACUUAAUUUUGGAGGCCUAUCUAGAACGCUGACAGCGUAAAGAAAGAUUUUGUUUGUCUUUCAAAAUGGCGACCAACUUUUUUUGAAUUGGCUACCACUUCGAAGAAUUUAGGAGCCAAGUGGCUAUCAGAAAAAAAAGUUAAUUUCACGCCCUGCAAUAAGAGCUCUGUGGCUUCAUGGAAUGUGGGUGUUCUCGGUUAAGAAAAUGAGGAAUCUCGUUUUUACCGUUGGUUUUACUUCGUGAAGUGCACUUAGGGGUUAGAGUAAUUUUCAACUGAUCGUGUAAUGUAAUCCGGUAUCGCUUUAGUUUUGUUGCAUAACGCUUUACGAUUGGUAAACAAAAUCGGCUCUUUCUGCUGUCUUUGAUCAUCACCCACUGUUUUCUUCUUUUUUUUUUAUCCUUUAGGUCGGCCAAAUGCAGCUCAUAAGAAGACAAAUCUCAAAUGAGCUGAACUGUUCCUGCAAGUUUGACUCAAAAGUUCUCCACAAUGCUCUGGAAACUUUUAACAAGUAUGAGUGAUUUUGAUUCUUACAGUAAUGUAAUGUUUCCCCAAUCCAUUGAAAUACUCUUCACAAUGGCUAUGUGAUAUGCGAUUUUUUCUCUCUAUGCUUUGUUUGUCAUAAAACACUAAUGGGAAGCUUAUGGAUUUGGAACCUUGAACGUUUCAGAGCAGAUUCCUUCAUGUCUUGGUGAUUCUAAAUUUGACUGCAAAGACACAAGCUCUGAUAUGUUUAGUGCUAUUACGCAGUUUCUCAUUAUCAGAAGUUUGUCGAGUCGCAAAGUAACUUCCUAAUCGUAUAUGGAAGGUUUCGUUAUUUUUAUCUCAGCGCUGUUAUCAGAUAUCUGCUGUCUUCAAACCUGGUAUUACUUACAGCUCGUCACUUUUGAUACUUUAUCUUCUCGGAGUUGGCGUGGAACUUAAACUGUUUGUUAUUAAAAUCAUUAUGUACAGUGCACUGCUACGCGAUGUUGAAGCUCAUUACCAGGACCCCACUCGACCAUAUCCCAAGGAAGAGAAUCCUCUUAUGUUUGAGUUGACGUCAUAUCUUGAGUGGGCUGGUAUUCAUAACCCACUCACAAAGGUCAGUCUCUUCAAUUUUAUUUUAUACAGUUAUUUAGCUGUUACUUUCCUUUGUUAAGUACCUACAUUCCUGGUUGUAUGCAAGAAGCAUAACAUUCGUGAAGUCCAGUGCUUAGACUAUGGUUUUGCUUGCACGCAAAAACGAGAACAAACAAACUGUCCCAACAUUUUGGCCAAGGUUAUUUAACGAACGUAGAGUUUUUUAGAUUUUGUAAAAGGUCAUUGGGCAUUUAAGAGAUAUUUCUGUUCUUAUCAACAGAUUUAUAUCACUACAAAGAAGUAUCCGUAUUUUGCACUACUGAAUUUUUUGUGCGUGAUUGCACAGAUGCCAAAGCUGGUCUAUGUCAAGAGCGUCGGUAAGACGAUAGCUCUUUUGUUAUUACAUUUAGAUAGUACCUGCGAAUUACUAAGGCUAAGAGUAAAAUUAAAAUCGGUUGUAAAUUGGUUGGUCGCGUUUUCUGCGCUUCAAGCGGGGUACAUGAAAAGCUGAGUUUUCAUUGGCUUUCGGAGGUAUCUACCGUUUAACUCCCAGAGGUGAUUAACAUUUAACUUCUCCCUAUAAUAUCCAUACAUUAUCCUGUAAACAGGUUAAUGAGAAUACUCCAACCUAUCAGGUAGAAGGUCUCAUGAUCUAGCACCAACUUCUUGGAACUUAUUUGCAAGGAAAUGUGAAGCAGCUAGAGGGGAGAAUUGACAAUCAGAUCGUGGGAGUUAAAUGGGUUAAAGUUUGGUUAAACAACUCUCAAUCGGAAAGCACUUCAGAAAAUAAUGUUGCUCAAACUAAUCAUCCUUAGCUAAUACAUUUCGUUUGUCGUCUGAUGCACCAGGAACAAUGGUGGCCAAGCGACCGACUGAUCAGAUCGACAGCGCACCAUUUGUAGUAGGAAUGAUUACAGUUCUGAAGCAGUUCCAUUCCGAGUACACGGAACAAUUCUUGUCGUGCUGUGGACAAUAUGUAAGGUCCCUUAUAGAGGCGACGGCUACAAAGUAAGUACACUUUUUAAGGGCAUCUUAAAAGGGCGGAUCGCUUGAGUGAUAUGAAAGACUCACGAUAUUACUAGUUUUUAGGGAUUGGGCCAAUACGUAACAUUCGACCAUGAAGUCGGAUUGUUGGGGUGGAGUGGGAGCGGAUCAAGGAACUUUUGAUCGGGGAAGGGGUCCAAAUUUUGAUUCAAAAACAAGAAAUGUUUGCUACAUUACAGUCUAAUUUGAUCAGUUGGGUUACGAGAGGGAUAGUUGUGCAGUUGCUCAGACACUGACAAUGAUCCGCUUAAAUGAGCUGAAAGAUAUUAAAGGACAGGUGAAUAUUGAAUACUCUGUACUUUACAUACUGAGGGUCUUACGGAGAUAAAAAUUAUUGUGAUCUUUGGAGUAUACUUUACGAGUCGCUCUUUAAUACUUGAUGAUUUCUUAUUCUGUGUGUUUGAUUUAGUGUAAGAAGCCAAGAGAUCCCAGCAGAAGUUGUAAACCUGCUGGUUUUCCUUGAAGACUUUUUGGCGUACAGUGAACUUCCAAGGAAGGUAAGCUGUUGUUAUUAGAUUUGAUGUUAAAAAUACAGCUCCAUUAGAAAGUAUUAAGUUUAUGAAGAAAGUGUGGUGCUGCAUCGUUACCAGAUGUAAACUGGAAAAGCUGACGUUUCGGCAUUUGUUGUCGGUGCAAAGAUAUUAACUGUUUUUCCGUAGAUGUGAAAUAUUGUUUGAACGCUCCUUGUUGAAGUUCUUUCCUUUACAGCAUAACAAAACAUGUAUGCCCUCUUAUUGGCUUAUAACCGUGACAGAAGCGUCAAGCCUUGAAGCUUCUACUAAGAAAUAGAUUCCAUUCUGGGCGUUAGUUCAGUGAUAGAUUAUAGAUAAUGAUAGGUGAUAUCCGAUUCUUGUUAGAACAAAAAAGUAGACUACUUGAGUUUCUAUGCCUCUGAUGAAAAUUGGUCUUCUACUUACAUAUCAAUGUGCGCUCCUGAUGAACAUGUGUUAUCAACGUGCAGCCUCCCCCCCCACCGAGCAACCAUAACCUUAUGGUUGUGCGAUGCACGUCUGCCAUUUCCAAAAUGGAAAGACCAUGCUCUUACUCGUAACGACCAUUGUGGACUAAUAUCCGAAUUAUCUUUAUUUUCUUCCAUUCCCCUGUGAGAGAUUUCUUUUGGAACUCGCACUUGACUCCUUUGUAAUAAAACGCAUUUCUGUUUUUCGUUCAGCACUAUAUUACUAAUGAUUUGUUUUCAAACCCCUCUGUUAUUCAGGUUGUCGAGGCUCACAUUCCUAGCUACAUUUUUGACCAGUUCCGAGUUCAUCUCGCGUAACAGCUUAGAUGUGCGACGUAAUUUUCCGAACAAGGUUCCCUUCAGUGUAGAUAUAGAACACGUAGCUAUGUGUUUAUCUAGAAAUUCUAUGAUUUUCUACAAACAGAAAAAAGUAUUUUUUUCCAAGAGUUUAUCUCUGAUGUUAACUGGAAGAAAAAGUGAAGUUUUUUUUGUGAUUCAAAUCGUGAAAUAAUUGUGCAAUGAGACCAAUAAUUUUUACAUUUCUGUAACUUAGAGGAUAACAAAAGAAGUGAUUACAGAAAAGAGAGACCUGAAGCAGUUAGCACGGAAACGCCGAAGAAGAUGUCGAUUAAAAAAUGAAUUUAUGUUUUCAGUUAGAAUUUUGAAAAUGGCUGGAUGUGUUUACCGUCUCUCACCGCAUUGAGUUCCGAAUGGAAACUGAAAUAAUUUGCUUAUUUCGCGUUGUGGUUAUGCAGAGGAUGGCUUAGAAAUGCACGAAGUUCUAAAAUGCACGCGCUAAGCUAUUGUUUUGCUCAUUAAAUCUUUUGUACUGGCACGUCCUCGUAGCCCUCUUGGUUUGCUUGAGGUUCCUAAAUACACUGUAAGUUUAUUAAGUAACUUGACGCAUCAAAUUACAGUUGAACCAUAAAACUUUGGGGAAUUUGUAUUGUUAUUCUGGUUUGAUAUUCAAAAUUGAAGAGGUAGCUAUGUGUUGAAUUAAAACUCUGUAAAAAUCUACAAACGAACGAAAAAUGUUUUUACUAAGAGAUUUAUCACUACUCGGAGGGAAAAUUUUAAAUUUUUUGUGAUUCAAGUCGUUGAAAAUAUUGUAGAAUAAGAACAACAAUUCGUAUGAAACUGUAGCGGUGAAGCUGGUGACAUUAAAUGUUAGAGAAUUUCGCAUGUUAUCGAAUCGUGAUACAGUUGAACGUUUGGAAAUUAUUAUUUUUAUUCUGGUUAAAUUUCAGUAAGAAGCAAG